UCUCUCGCCAUCUCCAUUGCAUUGCAUUACUCAUCUCUCCCUUUCAGCCUCGUUUUCGCCUUCUCCAUUGCUUCACACACAGCCUCUCUGCCAUCUCUCACACCCCUUCGCCACUCAAGCAUGUCAGACAAGUCUGCCCCACCUGCAGCGCGGUGCCCUCUGGGCUUCACCGGCACGCCCCCCGUGGGCCACCCCGUGAUGCCAGGCAUGGCCGCCGCCGGCACCGACUCUUCCUCCUCGGUCAAGUCUGCCAAGGCCUCGUCAGCAAGCAGCCUCUCCCUUCUGCUCCAUCCCUCACAGUGGAGCCCAACGACCCUGCUGAUCGUAGACGGAGUGUUUCUGGUCCUUUGUAUCCUCGUAGCCCUCUACCUGCCCCAGAUCAGGGCUGCCCUUAGUGGCAGUGGCAAGGGAGGCACACUAGGAGGAGGAGGAGCGAGUGUGCCGAGAGUCGGUGUGGACGCCAAGGGAAGGGCGGGUGAAACUGCGGUGGUUGGUGGAAAGUGAGGCGGGCGAGCUUUCUGGAAGAGCGACGCGUCGAUAAAGUCACGGCGAGGACGGCUCAAGUCAGGACCAACGAAUUGCGAGACCUGAAUGACAGCAGCAAGUCGAACACUACCGACUGGCAACCUUUGCCCCUCAACGCCUUGCGCAGCCCACGACGUCGGCGAUGACAUCGCAUAGUCGCAGUCAGCCCAGGUCAAUCGCGCUCUCAAGUUAGGCCUUUAGUCAGGUGGUGGCUGUCCGCGACUUUCUGUCCAAAAGAUCGAGACUGAAUGGCCAUGGCACCGUGUGAUGGGCGAUCCUUGGAAGCAAUCUGAUUGGGCGGGGG